AUGGAAGACAUGUUAAUUGAACUAAAGUCAAGAAGCAAAGAGCAAGUCAUCCUGGAGUCGGUUUCUUUCCUGUUUCUUUCGUUACUUAUGUUGUUUGGAAACUUUGUCACCCUCUUGGUCAUGUUGCUGAACCGUCGAUUGCGAACAAUUCCAAAUAUGUUCGUGGCAUCGCUUGCUGUUUCAGAUUUCUCUAUAGGGGCUUUGAUCUCCGUUCCUUUAUGCAUUCCCACAUUGGUGACAUCUCAUUGGCCGUUCAAUGAUGCAACUUUCCAGUUCCAGGGGUACAUAGUCAUGGCAUUAGUUGCUGUUUCAGUUCACACACUGGCAUUGAUGCCUGUUAACAGGUAUUUUAGAAUCGUCAAACCAUGAAAGUAUCGCCGCUACUUCACCAAGAAGAAAACCAUGAUGAUGCUCCUGGUGUCGUGGUUUUAUUCCAUUUGUUGUCCAUUACCAUAUUUCUUGUCUGGACACAAAACAGUUUUUCUUGCAACAACAUUUUCACGGCCUAUGGUAUUCCACUUUAUAUAGAGAUUCCUACAAUUAUAAUCGUUUACUGCUAUCUUAGCAUCUUUAAAACAGUGCGUACUCACAAUAACAACAUUCAAUUUUCUCGCAAUCCAGUCAGCACGGCAAACGUCGAAGAAAUUAAGGUGACGCGCACACUGUUUGUAAUGGUGGUGUUUUUUAAUCUUUGUUGGAUUCCAAUUUUACUGAUUGACAUCUAUUCAAACAAGAUGGACCUUUUCUAGAGAGGUGUACGUAGCAUACACCUUUUUGGCUCAUGUUAGCAGCGCCUUGAAUCCUUUGAUCUACGGAGUACUCAACAGGAAUUUUAGGACUGAUUACCUGAAGUUGCUAUGUUGCAGAUACUGCCGAUCUCAGGUCGUUGUAGAACCGUUGGCUAUGGAUGGAAGAGUGAAUGUUAUUAAGAUGAGACAAGCUCUUCAUCAGCAGAAGAACUCGUCGAACUAAAACUUUGUUCGUCUACAUGUUUUGUUCAAUAAUGAAGUUUAUACGUACGACAUGGAAGUCGACAUAUACAGAAGAACACCAGUUUGUUUUCAGACCGAUAUCUUUUCAUGCAACUGACAGUCUAGUAGAAUUUUUAGCCAUUCCCUCUCUCCUGGAACAGUUGCAUUUAAAAGCCAAACAAUGACAACCACAACAACCAAUAACGAAAAGGCAUUGUGCAAGGCAAAACUAGGACGAGUCAUUUCGCCGGUAUGUGCCGAGCAAACCUUUAGAAAAAGUAUGGAGUGAGGGCUGGAAAUAUUCGAAAGGCAUGACUGAAUAUUUAAUAUUAUGCCUCCCUGAUUAGUUUCAGCCCUUGUGCUACGCUAGAAAUCUGAGACGUAAAUAAAGUUAUCAUCAUCACCAUCAUCAUCAUUUACUUUAUAUAUCUAGCCGGAUUUUGAUAACGUUAUCGCCAAAUGGACCUUUGUGUCGAACAGUUUUUUUCCGGCAAAGUCGCUAUUAUAAAAACUAAGAGUGCAACCAUCGCUUUUUUUUCUUCUCUUCCUUUCCUUUUCCUCGCUCUUUCUUUUUCUCCUUUCCUUUUUCUUCGUUAUUAUGAUUUUGGAGCUUCUCGGGCUUAAGAAACAUGCCUUUUGACGCUUUUUCACACAAAUGACUGCAAAUUUCGUUAGGUUGGUUUUCAAAAAAUCGGAUAGAUAUGCAAAUCAAUGUAUUCCCAUAUAAAUAAAAAUUCUUGUCAAAUAUCCUCCAAAUAAUGCACCCCUUCCAGCCACUCUUGUCCAUACUGACAAUAAGAGAGAGAGAGACACUGCAACGCUAGCGGCGAGGAGCGAGGAGAGUACAAUAGAUAAACUAUCGAAUUUGUCUUAUAUUAAAUGCAGGAGAGAGGGCCAUCUCCAAGGUAAACGUCGGUUCACUGACCACUGCCAGUGUGACGUUACAUACAAACGGGCGAGAGUUUCGGGUCGAUCCUGCAACACGACCCGCGACACAAAUUAACAAAAUUACACAAUUACGGACAAAAAAUACCAAAACGGUUUACAAAAAUCAGAUAAAAGCCACAACAAAGCUCACACUUAAGAUCAAAUUAGUGAUGUAUAGCAAUACUUGCCUAGCUUUUAAUCUUAUCCCCGACCUCUCUUGUUCGAAUGACUAUGGUGUCCCUUGCAAACUUGCACAAGCGACCCGAAGCUCUCGCCAGUUACUAUGUGACGUCACACUGGCAGUGAUGAAUCUGUCACAGACAAACACAUGAAAACAAUGGAUGGCCUUUCCCUCCAGACUAAAAGUCAAACAUCAAAUUUCGCUAUUUUGCUUCGUGGAAAAUCUGAAAAUUGGCAAAUAUAUAUAAAGUUUUCUAUAUUAAGCGUUGGUUAAAAUAUCAAUAAUUCUGUAUCAGGUAUUAGGUGAAAUAUAGACUGAAUUUGCCUAUAUCAUAAAAGUCAAAUAUCAAAAUUUUUACAUUUGGCAUCGUGCGAAAUCUUGAAAUAGUAAAUAUCAAAGUUCCUAUAUGCCAAAUACAAAGAAUUCUGUAUUGGGCAUAAUUGAGUUUAUUUGGAACCAAAUAAAAAACUUUAUGUCUCCCCUUCCAAUUUCUUCAAUGCAUGGAUUUUUGGGGGGUGGGGUCGAUUGCGGCUUCAAAGGCUUAGAGGCUCUCGAAUGUGAACUUUGAAUUAUCUUACAAUGGUUUACGAUCGCGUGAGAAUCACAAGACGAAAAGUAAAAUUACUUUUGGGUAAUAAUCACGAGCUCCUAUGAUAAGGCCACUCGCAGUAAAUUUACUUAGCCUCGAUCUCAUUAUCUCGCGGAGACCCUUUAUAAGAGGGUGUAACCUUUCGUUAAUCCUCUCGGUCUGAAAGCUGACAUCAAGCCGAAUCUUCAAUAGCUGACCCGCUUAUCCUUUGAACAAGCAGCUCUCCUUGGGAAUUCAGCAGAACGGACGUUAAGUAUACCUCAUUUCCUUCUUGUUUUCAACUGUUUGCUGUUAUGGAUAAUACCACCAACAUUCUCAUUCUUGGUCAUUCCUUUGUGAGGCGUUUACAAACAUUCCUCACCGAACAGUACGAUAGGUGUGCCGCUCACAACAUGAACUUGGCUCACGAAAAUGUAUCUUUUCUAGGCAUUGGCGGUAGAACCGUCUCUAAAAUACUGUCAUUUGAUUUGGACAAAAUUAAGGCUUUUCAGCCAAAGGUUAUCAUUUUAGAACUGGGAACUAAUGAUUUGUGUGUAGUGGGGCAGCGCCCCGAAUCUGUUGGUUCAGACAUUGAACAUUUAGUUCAAGUCCUCCAUGAUUACUGUGGAGCAGAAUUUAUAAUGGUAUGCCUAGUAAUUUACCGGUCUGCUAUUCCUCCGCUCGUCCCCGAUUUCAACCACAAAGUAGACCUUCUCAAUAAAUAUCUAAAAGUGGUCCUCGAACCACUCCCUUAUGCUGAAGCGUGGAGCCAUAGAGGGCUUCAAAGUCCAUCUAUUGCUGUUUUAUGCCGAGACGGUGUUCAUUUGAACGAAGCGGGCAACUAUGCUCUUUACCGUAGCUAUAGGGGAGCCAUACUAUUCGCCUUGCAGAAGUUAGCCACUUUUUCUGAGGCUCAGUGACAGAUUCCAACUUGUCUAUACAGCCAUGCAUUAUACCUUCAUUGUAACCGUCCUUUAUCGCGGACAGGAGAGUUUUAUCUUUAUAAGAUAUUGUUAUAAGAUAUUGUAUUUAUUUUACGGACCGGUUUCUCUUUCCGGCACUUUAGCAUGUUCACUGCGGCGUCUCCAAUUUGGAAAUUGCCAAACAUGCUGCCGAUUUUUCUCUUAUUGCCGGUUCUGUUCUUUCUCUCUCCAAUUUAUAAUUUGAGCAGAAUGCUACUGGAUUAGAAAACCCCACUUCCCACCAAAGUAAAAUAAGGAAUUCUUUUCAUAUUUUGCGUCGUGCAAAAUCUGAAAAUUUACAAAUAUAAAGGUUCCCGUAUAUUAUAAUGAAUUUGUCUUUAUCAUGAACAUCAAGUAUCAGAAUUUCUGUAUUUUGCAUGGUACAAAAUCCAGAAAUUGACAAAUAUCAAGGUUUCUGUAUUAGGCGUCAGGUAAAUAUGGGAUUUGUCGUAAUUAAUAAUUAAAAUAUCUGCAAAAUUUCUAUAUUUUGAUUGCAACAAAAUCUGGAAGUUGAAAAAUAGAAAUUAAAAGUUUCUAUGCAUGGUCCUUAUUACGAACGUCAAAUAUCAAAAUGUCUAUAUUUUCCGUCCUGCAAAAUUUGGAAAUGGGCAAAUAUUAAAGUUUCUAUGUUGCACAUCAGGAAAAAUUUGGAAUGUGUCUUUAUAAUAAAAGAAAUUAUCUAUUUUGGAUCGUGAAAAAUCAAGAAAUUUGUAACUAGUAAAGUUUCUAAAUUGUGCAGAAGGAAAUUAUGGAAAUUUGUUUAUUACGAACGUAAAAUAUGAAUAUUUCUCUAUUUUACACCAUACAAAAUCUACAAAUUGAUGAACGUCAACUAUCAAAAUUUCUAUAUUUUGGGUUUUGCAAAAUCUGGAAAUUGGCAACUAUCAAAAUUUCUAUAUGGUGCAUUCUGUAUGGAUUUUGCCUUUAUUUUAGAAGUCAAAUUACAAAUUUCCAUAUUUCGCCAAAUCUCGAGAAUUACAAAUAUUAAAUUUUAUAUAUAUUUGUUAUAUAUACUGUGCAUUAAGUAAAAGAUGGAAUGUGUCCUUAUUAUGAACGUGAAGUAUCGAAAUAUCUAUAUUUUACGUGGUGCAAAAUCUGGAAAUUGGAAAAAAUCAAAGUUUCUAGUUAGUGCAUUUGGUAAAAAAUGGAUUUUGCCUCGUGCAAACUCUGGAAAUAGGCAAACAUCAAAAUUUCUAUAAAGUGCAUGCGGUAAAAUAUGGAUUUUGUCUUAAUUAUAGAAGUCAAAUGUCUAUAUUUUGCGUUGUCUAAAAUCUGGAAAUUGACAAAUAUUAAAAUUUCUAUUGUUCAUUAUGUAAAAUACAAAUUUUGUCUAUUAUAAAAGUCAAAUACCAAAAUUUCUACAUUUUGCACAGUGUAAAAUCUAGAAAAUUAGCCAUUAUCAAGGUUAGGGCUUUCCAGAAGUUGCACGGCAACUUUUUACAAAUCCUAGCAAUUUCUAGUUUUCUAUCAAUUCUGAGAUAUCGGAGCAGCUUAUAGUGCUUAAAUUGGCCUUGCUUUCAUAUUUCACAAUGUAUUAGCAGACAAUUUAUUAAUUUCCUGUGAAAAUGGAGGCAAUUCCUCCCCCGGGGCAGCCGAGCUGCUAGGUCAGUGACUCACACUCGACUGAUUAGAGUGUCUCAGGUGAAGAAGGGUAUUCAGAUCCUUAUAGGGUAGCCGCAGAAGCGGGAGCAAGACAGUACUUGAACGAAAGCGGCAAUUUCAGCAGAACGCAGAGAACAUUUUUUUGGUUUAAAUUGAGGACAAAAUUUAUCAAAAGUUUUUUUUGAGCAACUUUCGUUACAAAAAGCAACUUUUGACUUUUUUGAGCAUCUUUUGAGCAACUUUUUUGAGCAAUUACGAGAAACUUUUUGGGAAAUCUCUUGAAACUUGUGGAAGGCCCUAAUUAAGGUUUCUAUAUUGUGCAUUAGGUAAAGUAUGGAUUUUUUUGUAUGACCUGGGUGAAAUAUCAAAAUUGCUAUAAUUUGCGUCUUGAACAUUCUGUAAAUUGGAAAUAUCUAGGUUUCUAUAUUAGGGACUUAUUAAUAAGUAAAUACAGAAUUCGUCUUUAUUGUAAAAGUGAAAUGUCAAAAUUUCUAUAUUUUACGUCGUGCAAAAUCUGGAAAUUGGAAAAAAAUCGAAGUUUCUAUUUAGCGCAUUUGGUAAAAAAUGGAUUUUGUUUUUGAUACAAAAGUCACGUGUUAAAAUUUAUUUAUUUUGUGUUUUGCAAAAUCUGGAAAUUGGCAAAUGUCAAAGUUUCUAUAUUGGGUAAAAUAUGGAUUUUUUUCUUUAUUAUAAAAGUCACUUAUCAAAAUUUCUAUAUUUUGAGUCGUAUAAAUUCUGGAAAUUGGCAAACAUUAAAGUUUCCAUAUUUUGCAAUAAGAAAAAUCUGGCAUUGUCUUUAUUAUAAAUUUCAAGCAUCAAAAAGUCUCUAUUUGGCUUCGUGCCAAACAUGGAAAUUGUUCAACUGAAUCGCUGUCUAUUGGCUAUGGUUUGAAAGAUCUCUUCCUCCAGUCAAGUUAGGUCAAACUUGUCUAAAAUUGUUAAAACUGAUGACUUCACAGGUGACACAAGGGAGGAGGAUCCGCAAGGCUGGUUACGGGUGGUUAGGGUUAGGGUUAGAUUUGCCGAGCUAAUAUCAUAACUGGCACCUUUAAAAACUUUAACAGCAAAUUAUUGUUUUUAGUAAUCUUGGCAGCUUAUCUUUCAAUGUCUUGCUGCGGGUGUGCCACAAAGGGGAACGGUAUCCAGAGCGCGGCUAUACUCUCUCUUUUUCCAAUGUGUCUACAGGAACUAAAUUCCUGAUACGCCUCGUGGUUCUAUGCCCGCGCUAGGUUUCUUACAAAUCAUAUAAACAUGACAUUUACAGCUAUUUUUUUCAUCUAUCAAUACCUCUAUCCUACGAUCAUGCCUUCCCUCACGGGACAAAAAAAUGGAUUUGCACAAAUUUGCUCCUUGCAAAUAUGUCGCAAAGAUAUAUUAAAUGCAGUGGAGUAAACAUAUGACAAACAUAGUAAAUGCCACAUUUGCUUAGUUAUUUACAACUCCUGUUUUAUGGUAUGUUAAUGUGGCAUUUACCAUCUCUGCCAUAUAUUAACUCCUCAUUAUUUACAUAAUUGCGACAUAUUUGCAACAAGAAAAUUUGUGCAAAUCCAUUUUUUGCGUCCAAUGCCUAUUUCUCUUGAUUAUGACUUUCCUGGAAAAGAGGGCAUGAUACAUCUAGUUGCCAUCAACUACAUAUUAACUCUUGGACUUUGGGGAAUUUUUUAACAAGGGAUACCAUUCAAGCAAAUCUGUUUGGGGAUCACACCAUACUGCUGUGGAACGUAGUUGCAAAUUCAGACACAGCAGUCUUCAAUUGGCUCGUGAACCAACCAAUCGUUCGCUCAUGUUUCUUCGAUCACGUGAGAAGAGGAUGUAAAUCAAUCAAUCAAUCAGUCAAUCAAUGUGGCUAGUUCAUGGCCUAUUUUCUUUGGCCAAAUUAAUAAAAAUAACAGAAGGCAAAGACGCUAACUUCGUUAGCUGCUCCGAAAAGGUGCAGAGAAAAAUAGCCAUUUUGGCAGAUUUUUAGACACAGGACGAUUAAAUCAAAGUUCAUAGUGGAAAAGUGUAAAUAAACUUUUAAAGCAGUUGUAAUGCAAAUUUAUAGAAGUUCAAGACGAAAUAACUAAAUUUUUAACCAAAAAACGAUUUGAAAAAAGACUUGAAUUUUAAAUGAAUAUUUAAAGAGCAAAUAAAAAGAUUAAAUCACGCUGUUUCGGGGUAAAGUGAAAAGGAACAAAAUGUAAGCAGUUUGAUAUAAUGUUGAAUUUAAUCAGUUUUAAAGUCAAAUUUUAAAUAAAUUUCGGUUCCAAAGCCGGAGUUAAAACUGAAUAAAUAAAGUUUAAAUCAUUCAAACGGGGUUUUUUAAAAAAUUUGCUCAAUAUGGACAGGCAUGGACGGCUAUCCAUAAUAUCCUUACACACUUUCCCAUAAUACAAAGCCCUGACUGUUCCAAGACAUAAGCUCAGAUGAAAAAAAGAGCUGCUUAUAAAUUAAAUACUAAAACAAUUUAAUGUUGCAAGUUUUUUUUUCUAACUCAAAGAACUGAUCGGCAGCUUCGUUUAUGUUUUUGGAGGGCACUCGAUGCCAUAGCAACUAAAAUAUAAAUUAUUUAUUUUCCCAAACUUGAGCCAUCUGCUGAGACGGUAGACCGUGUAAGUUCUUCCCACCUUUAUAUGGCUUAGAUCAAAUGUGAUACAAUCUCUGAGGUGUUAUAGAUACAUUCUUUUAGCGUUUUGUCUACACACUAUCAUGUUCGAAUGUUCGUAGCUGAAACUAGAUGACUCUGCAAAACAUCAUGGACUCCACAGAGAAGCAACUGGAAGACAUGUUAAAUGAACUAAAGUCAAGAAGCAUAGUUGCAGUCAUCCUGGAAUCAAGUGUUUUAAUAUUUCUUUUGUCGUUCUUGAUGGUUGGCAACUCAAUAACCCUCCUCGUUAUGUUGCUAAACCAUCGGAUAAGGACAAUUCCAAAUAUGUUCGUGGCAUCACUCGCCUUUACCGACUUAUGUUUGGGAGGUUUCGUGUCGGUUCCUUUGGGACUUUUGUAUUAGUGACAUCUCAGUGGCCGUUCAACGAUUCAACGUGCCAGUUGCAAGGGUACAUAGUCAUAACCUUAGCUGUUGCAUCAGUUCACACAUUGGCCUUGAUGGCGGUUAACAGAUAUUUUAGAAUCGUCAAACCAUCAAAAUACCGCCGCUACUUCACCAAGAAGAAAACCACGAUCAUGAUCCUCUUGUCGUGGUUCUAUUCCAUGUGUUGUCCAUUACCAUAUUUUGUGGGCGGACACAAAAUGAUUUUCCAUGCUUCCAAGUUUUUCUGCUAUCCUACAAUCGAUAACAGUGCAUUUGUGGGCUUUUGGCUUUUACUUUACUUAGGGAUUCCAAGCACUAUUAUCCUUUACUGCUACCUAAGAGUCUUUCAAACAGUUCGCAGUCACAGUAACAACUUCCAACGUCCUGGGAAUCCAGUCAUCACGGCAAAUGUAGAAGAGAUUAAGGUGGCUCGCACACUGUUUGUGUAA